CGCUAAUGUUUUGUGACAUUUUAAACGUAUUUUUGUGACAGCUUAUUCUGACCUGCAUUUGAAGAUACUGAAACUUCAGUGUGAAUGAAAAACUUUAGUUCUUUUGAGCCUACUAGUGUUUUCAAUCAGAAGCACAAUCUGUUCAAAAACUCUUUUAGUACAGGAAUAUUUGUUAAACCCUUUAGCAACUCAAAUGACUUUCAUACUCAAGAUGUAUAUAGUGAAGCCCGUCAACUCCUAAACGAAUGGAUGGUCAAAAGUGUAUUUCCACCUGAUGAAACAGAUUUGGAUACUGAUGACUUAAAACUAUUUACUCCGGAUAGGAAGGAAAUAAAAAAGGAAUGGGAUCAUCUUAUUCAAAAAAGUUGUCGGCGGAAUACUUUUUCAAAUAAAUUUAAUGUAUCAAAUACUCUUGAAGAUACUCUGUUUUCUAAAUAUAAUCCCAAAAAUAAUUGCUCAAACAGUUUUAGUUUAUCUAGUAAAUCUCAAUCUACACUGGAAAAGAUUCUUCAACAUCAAGAAGAAGCUAAAGCCCGACGUGAAUUACGGAAAGAAGAAUUAGAAUCCCGUAGGAUACGUCAAGCUGCUGAACGUGAAAUGAGAGCACAAGCUCUGUAUAAAGCUAAACAGGAUGAAAAGUUGAAACAAGCACAAGAAAAAAGAGAAGAAGAAUUAAUUCAACAAGAAAUGGUACGAGUUCGUAAAGAAUUAGAACUUGAAAAACAUCAUUUUGAAAAAUCUAGGAGCUUACAUAAUGAAUUCAAAAGUAGUCAACAAGAAAAACAUUCUGUUCCAAAAUUGGAUUUUUCAUGUAUUUCUUUCUCUUCUGAAAGAUCAUUGAAUGAAGAUGAUGAUGGUGAUGAUUUACGCACAACGAUAGUUAGCUGCAAUUCCAACCAAAAUGUGAAUGAAAAAUAUUUGAUGAGACGUACAUUUAAUGCAUGGCACAGCAUUAUUCACAAUAUAAAAAUACAAUAUUCUACCUUGAAAACGAAGAGUGAAUUUCGUUUUAAAAAGAAAUAUUUCAUUUAUUGGAAGAAUAAAUUACGUAAUAUUCAUUUAAACAGAGAUAUUGAUAAAGCAAAAAUGGAUAGCUUAGAAUUAGUAAAAAAAGAACAUAUUGCUAAACAACAUUAUGAAAAGUUCCGAUUAAAGCAAUGUUUGUUACAAUGGAAGUGCAACGUUAAGAUAUGGAAAUCUAAUGCUGAUGAGAUGAAUAGAGAAUCAUUAAGACAUGAAAAAGAAAUGGAAUUCCUAAACAAUUUACAGAAUUUUAUCAAGAAUAGUGAAACAGAAACAACAAAUACAUCCGAUACUAAUAAUGUUGAUAACCAAGAGAAACAUCUGUCUACUAAUCGAAAUUGUCUAACUGAAAGACAAUCACAAAAGUCAAAGGCAGUAGAAAUCAAGAAGAAGUCUGUGAAUUCAAUCAAUUCAUCUCGUUCUGUUGAUGGUAUAAAAUAUCACACUACCGAAAUUCAUCACGAUGAAAAUGAUAAGAAGAUGACGCGGAAACCAUCAGCUCAUUCAGUUGUAAUGAAACCACAUUUAAAUAAAACAGUUAUACAACAACGUAAUAUUAUAGCUGCUCAAAAUCGAGAGAUUGAAGCAUUAAAAGCAGCUCAUCGUUAUUCUGAAUUGUUGCUAGAAACUCGAGCUCAUGAAUUGGCUAAAAAUAUCUUGGAAAAAGCUUACACAAAAACUAAUGAACGCAUUAAAUCUGCUCCAGCAUCAAAUAAAGCACCGCCAACUAAUGAUGAAGACAAUAAAUGUCUACAAAGUAGCUCUAGUGCCAGCUUAUGUGAAAGCAACAGUCUAGACAAGGACAGCCAAUCAGUGACAUAUCAAUUGUUAAAACCUCUGCCUCCCGUUAUACCAGCUAUUAGAAAGAAUUCAUUUGUUCAAAGAAUGGAAGAAAGAGCUGCUGAAAGGGCACGCAGACACGCUAUACAAGAGGAAAGAAAACUAGCGAAUGAACAAAGAAAGAAAGAGGAAUUAGCUAAACAAUUAGAAGAGGAAGCUAAAAGAAUUAAAGAAGAGAAAAAAAUGCUGAUAGCAGCACAAAAAGAAAAGAGGAUUCGUGAAGAAGAGCUUAAAAAACAAACAGAAUUAAGAUUGGCACAUCAACGUGAAUUGAACUUAAAGGCUAUUACACACAGGAAACUUUCAUGUCUACGUUAUUAUGGCUUUAAACCAUGGAUUAAAUAUUUACAUCAACAACAUGAAUUAGUUCAAAUUGCUGAUAAACAUUCAGAAAAUAUGCUUACAAGGAAAACAUUUUACGCUUGGCUAUCAUAUGUAAAAUGUGAACGUGAAAAAGAAAAUAAGUUUGCACAAAAACAUUAUAAUGCCUGUCUCAUGAGAAGAACAUUAAAUGGAUUUAAAAAGGCUUGUGAAAUAUCUAGACAAAGUGAAAUUUCUGCUGACAGAUGGUGUAAUCAACAACGUCUAAGAUAUUAUUUCUCAUUGUGGACUCAGUAUAUUACUGAUCUUUGUAUUCGGGAAUGGCAACAAGAUGAAAUUGCUUGUAUGCAUUACAAGAGACAUUUAUUGUAUCAGUGUUUUAAGAAAUGGACUGAAUAUCCAUUAUUACAAAGGAUCCACCGUGAACGGGAAUAUCGUAGAGAACAGUUUCGUAAAUGUCUUUUAGAUAUUGUUCCUGAUUUUAGUCCACCUAAACAAGAAGUCAGUGAAAUGGAUUAA